UCAAGGGCCCCAACUCAAGUGAUUCUUUCUAUUUCAGAGCAAGUGCAGAAAUCCAAGAUACCUUCAUGACAUAUACUGUAUAUGAUGACAUUAUCACAAUCAAACUGAUCCAAGAAGCCUGCAAACUUCUGGGUGUCUCCCUGGAAGCUAUUCUGAAGAUGUUUGGUGAAUACUUUUUUAAGUUCUGCAAGAUGUCUGGCUAUGACAGGAUGUUACGCACCCUGGGAGGAAAUCUAAUGGAGUUCAUUGAAAACUUAGAUGCUCUCCACAGUUACCUUGCUCUCUCUUAUCAGGCAAUGAACGCACCAUCAUUUCGAGUAGAGAAAAGGACAGAUGGGACAAUGCUCCUACACUACUAUUCUGACCGAAGAGGUCUUUGCUACAUUGUCCCAGGCAUUAUAGAAGCAGUUGCUAAAGACUUCUUUGACAUGGAUGUGACUUUGGAGAUUCUCAAUAAGUGUGAAGAAGAGGAGAGGACUGGCAAGAAGGAGCAUGUUGUGUUUCUCAUCGUGCAGAAACAUUGUGGGCAGAAGAAAACAAUAAGGUCAAAAAAGUUCCAAGAAGGCAAAAACUCCCAGCAAGACCAAGAGGAGCUUGAGAGGGUUUUUCAGAAAAUGAAAGAGAAAUAUCUGAGUUUCUCUGUCUGCUCAGUGAAGAAAUCUCGCUGGGAUCUCAUGAGAAGUAUUGUCAUAUUUGGAAAAGGGAACCUACAGAAUCCUUUUGAACCAGUAUAUCCAGAAAGGCUUUGGAUUGAAGAGAAAACUUUCUGUAAUGCUUUUCCUUUCCACCUUGUCUUUGAUGCCAAACUAAGAGUCAAGCAAGCUGGAGUAAACAUUCAAAAAUAUGUCCCAGGACUUCAAACCCAAGAUAUUCGAGUUGAUGAAUAUUUCACCAUCAUCCAUCCCCAAGUCACCUUCAACAUUGUCAGCAUCAGCAAAUUUAUCAAUAGUCAAUUUGUCUUGAAAACUCGAAGAGAAAUGAUGCCCGAAGUAUGGAAAAAUCAGCCUAUACUCAAGCUCAGAGGGCAGAUGAUUUGGAUGGACUCCCUACAGUGCAUGAUAUACCUCUGCUCCCCCAAACUCCGAAGCCUCCAAGAGCUGGAGGAGCGGAACAUGCACAUCUCUGACAUCGCUAGGCAUGACACCACCAGAGAUCUCAUCCUCCUGAACCAGCAGCGAUUGGCUGAAAUUGAGUUGUCCAACCAACUGGAAAGAAAGAAGGAAGAACUCCGGAUCCUCUCCAAACAUUUAGCCAUAGAAAAGAAGAAAACAGAAACAUUGUUGUAUGCAAUGCUUCCGGAACAUGUAGCUAAUCAGCUGAAAGAAGGCAAAAAGGUAGCAGCAGGAGAAUUUAAGACCUGCACCAUCCUUUUCAGUGAUGUGGUGACAUUUACCAACAUCUGUGCUGCCUGUGAGCCCAUCCAAAUAGUGAACAUGUUGAACUCAAUGUACUCAAAAUUUGAUCGGUUAACCAGUGUCCAUGAUGUCUACAAAGUGGAAACAAUAGGUGAUGCAUACAUGGUGGUUGGUGGGGUGCCAGUGCCUGUGGAAAACCAUGCUCAGAGAGUGGCUAAUUUUGCCCUGGGGAUGAGAAUUUCUGCAAGAGAAGUGAUGAAUCCCAUCACCGGAGAACCCAUUCAGAUCAGGGUAGGGAUCCAUACAGGACCAGUUUUGGCUGGAGUUGUGGGUGACAAGAUGCCCCGAUACUGUUUGUUUGGAGACACAGUGAACACAGCUUCCAGGAUGGAGAGUCAUGGGCUUCCCAACAAAGUGCACCUCAGCCCCACUGCAUACAGUGCUCUGGAAAAUCGUGGGUUUGAGAUCAUUGAGAGGGGUGAAAUUGAAGUCAAAGGCAAAGGGAAGAUGACCACCUAUUUCCUGAUUCAGAAUUUGCAGGUCACGGAGGAUGAGAUCAUGGGGAGAACUGAAAACCUUGAAAACAAAAAAGUCAAUGCUCUGGGAAUCCAAGACAGCCAGACUGUUGCUGUUGAGAGGGAUGAAGACAGUGAGCACCUGCUCCCCAAUACUGAUGAAGAAUACAUCUAUGAUGGAUCAUCAUGUAAGGAGACCAAUGUCAAGGGAGAGGACUCCAAGGAAAGAAGCAAUGAGAGGCAGUCUUCUGAUCAAACCAAGACAAAUCACUUCGGCCAUGACAAUAUGGAAUCAAGUUUUUGUAUUUUGUUGUAAUAGGACAAUGAUCCAUGACUUCUCUUUCCCCCUCCAACUUGUUGCUUUUUACUUUCAAGUACUUUAGUGACAGACAAGUAACGCCUUUUAACUUUUCAGUUCAACAGUCUUAUGCCUUAUCUCUUCCUCUUUCUUUGGAAGUAAAAGUUAAGAAAUGAAACCCAAAUCCUGCAAGCUUAGGAAAAUUCACUCCUAAAUUUUAAAUUCAAAACUGGAGCUCCGAAUUUUCAAGCUCCAAAUACUUAUCCGAUGUCCCAAAUUAUAUUUUGAGAUGUUAUGGCUCAUUUCCCUCUCUUCUCCUGGAAAGAAAAAAAGACAUUGUUUUCCUCCUGUCACUUGUAGGAUUUCCAUAGAAGUUUUCUCCUGAAUAAAAGGUUGAGGCAUUUAUUCUUAAAAUGUACUGAUACUGAAGGCAUAGUGUUUGAAAUUCCUUUUCUGAUGUGAUUUGGAUUAAUAGUUGAGAUAGGUUGCUGCAUGAGAAAGACCCAGGUCCAACAGUCAGUUUGUAAACCAGCUAAUAGUAAACACGUGAUGUAAACUGAGCCCAGCCAGAUUCUGUAGAGUAAAUAAUGUUCUUUCCCAGCCCUGGUUUGGAAAAAGUGAGGCAAUGGAACAAAAACAAUGCCCGAGAGAUGCUCUGAAAAUAAAAUAUGAGAAAAGAAGCAGAAAUUGUUUUGCCGAGUUAGCAAAGAUUUAGGAAACAAAGUAUCCUGUAGCUGGCUGGGUGCCUGUUUUACAUAAACGGGUCCAUGUCUCCUCCACAGCACUGUUUCCACCUGGGGCACCUGGGGCAAACGGCCAAACUACCCCUCAAAUCAUGGUGUUAGUAUAGCCUAUGACCGAAUCAGGGCAAUCAGUUGAGCAGAUAGGAUAAUUAAUAACUGUUGUGAUUUCUAGAUGCUGAAGGAAUACACAUAUAUUGAGUUUUUACACUCUCUAAGUAUCAGUGACCUGGGAAGUCAGUCAUUUGAUAAGCAUUUAUUAUAUACUUUCUAUGUCCCAGGUAGGUACUGUCCUAAGUGCUGGGGUUGCAAAUAAAGGCACAAAUCAAACCCUGCCCUGAAGGAGCUCCUAGUCUUAUUGGGGGUGGGGGGAGGGACAACAUACAAACAAUCAUAUACAAACAAACUAUAUAUGGGAAAAAUUAGAGAUAAUCAACAGUGGGAAGGUCCUAGCAUUAAGGAGUCUGAGAAGGGCUUCUUUGUACAUUUUAGCUGUGACUUGAAGGAAGCCAGGAAGCUAGGAGAUGAAGAGUGAAAGUAUUCCAGGUAUGGGAGACAGCCAGUGGAAAUAUAUGGAGUUGGGGGAUGUACUGUCUUUUCUGAGGAACAGAAUGGAGGCCAUAGUCACUAUAUUUUACAGUAUGCAAGAGUAAAUAAGGGAUAAGUACACUGGAAAGGCCAGAAGAGCCAAAUAAAGAAGGGCUUUACUCAACAAAGGAUUUCGUUUUUGAUCUGGAAGGUGAUAGGGAGCUACUGAAAUUACAUAUAAUCAUAAUUCCUCUGGAUUGUCAUGGGUCAUUGCAUUGCUACUAGUAAAGAAGUCUAGUACAUUUGAUUGUGUCACAGUAUAUCAGUCUCUGUGUACAAUGUUCUCCUGGUUCUGCUCCUCUCGUUCUGCAUCACUUCCUGGAGGUCGUUCCAGUCUCCAUGGAAUUCCUCCACUUUAUUAUUCCUUUUAGCCCAAUAGUAUUCCAUCACCAACAUAUACCACAAUUUGUUCAGCCAUUCCCCAAUUUCUCAAAUAGCAGGAAGAAGACAUAGUCAGAUCUACAAUUUAGGAAGCUCAUUUUGAAACCUGAGUGGAAGAUGGACUUGAAUAAGGAAAGACUUGAGGAAAAAGACCAAGCUGUCUACUGUAGACCAGUACAAUGGUCCAGACUUGAGGUUAUGGGGCCUCUGCUCAUUUGUGAUAAUGAGACAGUGUCAAAGGAGAGAAGGAGACAUGUAUGAAAGAUACUACAGAAGUAAGAUCAAUAAGACUUGGAAACAGAUUGGAUACUGGAGAGUGAGAGAGAGUAAAGAGUUGAGGAUGGCACCUAGAUUGUAAGCCUAAGUGACAUGAGAGUGGUGGUACCCUCAACAGUAAUAGGGAAAUUUAGAAGAGAGGAGGUUUGGGGGCAAAAGAGAAUGACUUUGGUUUUGGAUGUGUUGAGUUUAAGAUAUCUAUGGGAUUUUCAGUUCAAGGUAUGUAAUAGGCAGUUGAAGAUGUGAGACUCUAGGUCCAGAGAGAGGUUAGGGCUAGAAAAGAAGAUCUGAGAAUCUGGAUAGCAAUUAUAUUUUAAUCUAUGGCAGCUGAUAAGAUCACCAAGUGAAAUAACUUAGCAGGAGAAGGGAAGAUGAUCCAGGACAGAGCUUUGGGAAGCAUCCCACCAUUAACAAGAAUGACUUAGAAGAAGAUCCAGCAAUGGAGACUAAGAAAAAAUGAUCAGAUUGGUAGAGAAAAAUCAGGAUAGAGUGGGGCCACAGAAACCUAAAGAGAGGAGAGUAUCAAGGAGGAAAGAUUGAUCAAGAGUUUCAAAGACUGCAGAAGUCAAGAGGGAUGAAGAAUGAGAAAUGGCCAUUUUGAAAAUGAAUAAGUCCUGUUUGUCCCAGCCUUGUUAUGAUUCCCAGGAAAUCCUGACAAAAAGGAGGGUUCAUGAACUCUGUCUCCCUCUGUUGUAAAAAGGAAUUCUUUAUUCCUUUUUUAAUUUAAUGAGGGACCUGGAGAUCCUCUUACCAUUGAGAUGUGCAGGGAUUAACCAGUCCACAGUGACAGAAAGUAGAAACCAUAGAGACAGGAAGGAGAAACCAUAGCGACAAGAAGGAGGAACCAUAAAGGCAGGAAGUGAGGCAGAAAAAGGGUAUAAAACUGCCAGCAUCAGUUGGUAGGGCUGACAAUUGCUGACAGCUAGGGCUGGCAGUUGCAGGGAAGUUAGCUGCUGGGUGUGUGUUGGGUUGGUGGCUGGCAUUUAGUUGCUAGAAUAUAAAGGCAGGCCUGAGCUUACUGAGAGCACUUUUCGGCUUUUGGGGUUUGGCUUUUGGUUUGGGUUGUUAGGUUUUGUUCUUUCUUGAAUUUUUUUGGAAGGUGGCUGGUCUUUGUUGACAGACCUAAUUGGGGUUGGAUUAAACAUUGAUUGGGUUGGUUUGAUUGGGCUGGAUUGGGUUGGAACUUUGUGGGGUGGUUGUUAUUAGUGGUAGUUAUAGACAGUUAUAGGUAGAAACAGGAAGUUUUAGGUAGUAAUUAAAGGUAGUAAUAGGUAAUUAUAGGAUAACUAGUAUAGACAUUAGAAAUUUUUUCUCUACUUCUUUCCUAUAUUUUUCUCCUUUACUAUAUUCAUUUUACUAUAUCUUUUUACUAUCUCUAUUUUAAUUAAAUUGUUCAUUG